AGUCAGCAUUUCAUGUUGGCUUUUCUUCAUUUUUUAAUAGCGUCUGUGAAAAUUUUGUGUGAAGAAUUUGUGAAAAUUUUAAGAACAACUUUAAUUAAUUUAUUUUUUUUAGUUUGUUCCUUUUGAUUAUGUUAAGCCGUAAACGUAGAGCCAGUUCGAUAAGCAGUAAACACGAUGACGAUCCCCAACAAAUGGAUGACUCUACGCCAGAACAAUCGCCGGUAUUGAUGACGUCUGGAGCGGGAGCAACUUCAACGGUAGCCAUGUCGGCACGCAAGAAACGUAGAUUAGAUCCCACAGAAAUGUGCCAGAGUCUGUAUGACUCUAUAAGAAAUCUGAAAAAAGAAGAUGGCACCAUGUUGUGCGAUACUUUCAUUAGAGCUCCCAAGCGCCGGCAAGAGCCUUCAUAUUACGAUGUGGUUAAUAAUCCCAUAGAUCUAUUGAAAAUACAACAGAAACUUAAAACUGACAUGUACGAUGAUUUAGAUGAAUUGGUACAAGAUUUUGAAUUGUUGGUGAAUAAUGCGAAAGCAUUUUAUAAGCCCGACACCACAGAACAUCAGGAUGCGGUCACAUUGUGGCAAUAUGUGGUGACGAAUAAGCAAAAAUUGCUUGAAUCCAUGGGCAUAAUGUCGACAGAUGAUGAGCCCAAGUCGAAGGGUAGAGGCAGAAGAAGAUUAACUUGCAAUGCCGAGGAAGAUGUCAAAGACGAUGAAGUAAAUGUUUAUGAAGAAUUGUUUGGUACAGUAAUGACUUCUGUGGAUAAUACCAUGAACGAUCGUCCAUUGCAUAGAAUGUUUUUAUUGUUGCCGUCGAAAAAAGUUUAUCCGGAUUACUACGAUGUCAUAGAACAUCCUAUUGACUUAAGAUUAAUAGCCACCAAGAUACAAACAAAUGCCUAUUCCAAUCUGCAAGAAAUGGAAAGAGACUUGUUGCAAAUGACCAAGAAUGCUUGUCAGUUUAAUGAACCGGGUUCACAAAUCUACAAAGAUGCCAAGGCUUUGAAGAAACUGUUUACACAAAAACGUCUGGAACUAGAAACGGGUAAAGCAAAGAUGGUAAGACGUCACAAGUCGGUAUCCAGUGCAGCUAUAGCGGCUCUUAAAGAAGAGGCCGACUCUUCAGAUGAUGAGGAAACAAGCCGUAAAGGUGAAGGUCCCAUGUGGGCUUUAUUUGAUCAUUUGUAUAACGCUCCUGGUCAUUCAGAACAUCCCGGUGCCACGGGACCUCCUUUGGGUACUUCAUUAUGGAAGUUGCCAGUGCGCAGAUUUCAUCCAGAAUAUUUUGAGCUUAUCAAACGACCCAUUUCAAUGAGUCAAAUUCAUAACAAACUUAAUAAAGGAGAAUAUGCCAAUAUCAGUGACUUGACUGCUGAUCUAUAUCUCAUGCUGGACAAUGCUAAAAAGGCCUUUCCACCAACACACAGAACCCACAAGGAUGCUGUACGCAUGCUAAAACUUAUGAACACCAAACUGGUAGAGGACACACUAGAUCAAGAAACCAGUGAAAUGGAAGAAGAUGAAGACGAUGAUGAGGAGGAGGAACUUGAGGAUGCUGAGCAAACAGUACUCGUGGCAUCCACCGAACCGCAACCGGAAAAGAAGAAAAAGGGUCGUCCAAGACUCAAUACUACCCCGAACACUUCAUUGAAUUCAUCCCUCAAUGCACCCAAGGUGCAGCGUAUGACUAUUACGCCGUAUAUGAAGAAAAAGGUAUUAGCUUUGCACAAAUAUCUGCUGGAUUUCUCAUUGGGUACUCGCAAACCCAUCGAUUUAUUUAUGGAGAAACCACCACGAAAAAUUUAUCCAGAUUAUUAUGACAUCAUACAAAAUCCCAUUGAUAUGAAUACAAUUGAACACAAUAUAAGAGCUGACAAAUAUCGUGACGUGGAAGAUGUGGUGGCCGACUAUAGGCUAAUGUUUGCCAACUGUCGUCAGUAUAAUGAGGAAGGCUCCAAUAUCUAUGAAGAUGCCAACAUUUUAGAAAAAGCUCUAAAUGAAAAACUUAAGGAAUUCCCUGGUCUCAAUGAAAUCAAGAAACCACUACAAAAACUUAACAAACCCGGCAGACGUCGAGCAAAUGCUGUACCCAUGAGUGAUAAAUUAUGGCAAUUUUACGAAACGAUACGCGACUAUCAAGAACCCAAAGGCAAGAGACAACUUUCAUUGAUUUUCACCAAACUGCCGUCAAAAACUGAAUAUCCCGAUUACUAUGAUAUUAUUAAGGAACCCAUGGAUAUGGAGAGAAUUCUUAAUAAACUAAAACAAAGUCUCUAUGAAACUAUCGAUGAAUUGGCGGCGGAUUUCCUAUUGAUGCUGGAAAAUGCGUGCAAAUACAAUGAACCCGAUUCUCAGAUCUAUAAAGAUGCUUUAGUUUUGCAGCAAUUGACGUUACAAUUAAAACAGAGUUUAAGAAAUGAUCGUGACACAGUGCCCGAUGUAGGUUUAGCUGUUCAGGAGCUGCUAUUAACUUUGUUUACUUCUGUUUAUAAUCAUCAAGAUGAGGCGGGCAGAUGUUAUUCAGAUUCAUUACUGGAAUUGCCGGAAUAUGAUGAACAACCAGGAGAGACAAAAGUACGUGGAAUUUCUUUGGAUUUGGUGAAACGUAGAUUAGACAAAGGUGUCUACAAACGUUUGGAUAUCUUUCAAGAGGAUGUAUUUGCUUGUUUGGAAAGAGCACGCAAGCUGUCACGCACAGAUUCUGAUGUCUUUCAAGAUUCUAUAGAAUUACAAUCAUACUUUAUCAAAAAGCGAGAUGAAAUUUGCCAAGACACUCUCAGUUCUACCGCUCUGAACUAUUCUCUGGAUAAACUAACGUCUGAAGUAGAAUUAAUACGACAACAAAAGUUGACACAAGAGGAACCCGAACAAGAUCAAGAUGAUAAAGUAGAAAUGGACAAGGCUGCCAUGCAGGGUGAAAGCAUGGUAAUCAAUCAAAAAGUCUUUUCACCUGGAGAUUUUGUUUAUUAUCAACACAAUGAAAAUAAAAUACCCAGCAUUGCCUAUAUCGAAAGGCUUUGGACUACCGAGGAUAAUAUGAAAAUGAUGCAUGGUGCCGUAUUUCUCAGGCCACAUGAAACUUAUCAUGUACAAACCAGAAAAUUCCUAGAAAAGGAGGUGUUCAAGAGCAGUAUGUCACAAACCAUACCCAUGGAAAAGGUAUUGGGCAAAUGUUACAUUAUGCACAUUAAAGAUUACAUUAAGUAUAGACCGGAAAAUUUCGACGAUAAAGAUGUAUACGUGUGCGAGUCUCGUUACAAUGUACGCCCCAGAUCUUUUCAAAAGUUUAAGAACUGGCCAUUUGUACGUGAAAAUGAUCCAGUAAAAUUUGUGGCUCGCGAAAAGCCUCUAGAUAUUAAACGGGUUAUGUCUGUAUUUAAGGAACGCAUUGAAAAGCAUAAAGGAGAAUUGGAGGAACUUAAACUACAGGAGGCAUUGAUUGAAAAAGAGAAGCCUAAUGUACCCUGUGAUCCUCCCGCAAAUGCUGAACCCAAUGCCGUUUACUAUCAACAAUACAACACCAUUUGCAGUGGUGUCGUUAAGACGGGUGAUUUUGUUUAUGUAGCAACGCAAACGGGCAAACAGUCUAUAGCACAAAUCCAUCAAAUAUGGGAACAAAACAAUAAAUCCUAUUUCCGGGGACCUUGGCUACUGACGCCAACUGAAAUUACACCUCCAUUGCCCACACAGCCUCCCAUGGGCAAACCUUUCUAUCGUCAAGAACUUUUACUCUCGACAGUGGAAGAAAUUAGCCCGGUUAUAGCAGUAGUAGGCCGCUGUGCCGUUUUGGAAUAUCAAGAUUAUAUUACUUCCCGGCCUACCGAAUUCCCCGAGGGUGAUGUGUACAUAUGUGAAGCCAGCUAUGAUGAAUUGAAAAAAUCUUUACGUAAAUUCUCCACCCCCAAUUCAUUGCGCAAAUUUCAACAUUCUCCGGAGGUGGCACAAGAUGAAAUCUUUUACUUUAAAAUGCCUAUUAAACCGGGUAAGGAAUGUAAGAAUGAUUUCAAUGAAAGUUUGGGCAUAAUGGAAGAUUCUAUGGAUGGCAAUCCACCAUCAGUCAGUUCGGACAUAGCAACAAUAUCAUCUCCAGCACCUUCGGUAUCCUCUACACCGCUUUCGUCUAAAAAGAGUAAAAUCGCCAAGAAAAGUCUUACGGGGUAUAUACUCUACUCGAGCGAAGUACGAAAAGGCAUUUGUACCGCUAAUCCGGAAGCUUCAUUUGGAGAUAUUUCCCGCAUGGUGGGCAAUGAAUGGAAGAAUUUACCAGCCAGUGUCAAACAGAGUUGGGAAGAUCGGGCCUGUCGCAUAAACGAAGAAACAGCCGCUAGACGUGAGCUAAUGGAUGAGACCUUGAAUUGUGCCAGUCCGGGUCCCAACAUGGAUCAACAGUCACCGAAUUUGACGUUCGAAUGUCUGUGGGAUAAAUGCGAUUACCAAUUUGAAGACUCCCUUGAUUGUAUGGAACAUUGUUUGGCCGAAAAUACUGGCCAUGUACAACGUACGGCCCAACAAACAGAUUCGGAAUACUGUUGUCUCUGGCGCAAUUGUAUACGCAUGAGAAAGAACAUGCAAGCCUUUCCCUCGCUUGUACGUCUCAUCAAGCACGUACGUGAGGUGCACUUAUCCAAGCCGGGCAAACAUAUUUUACCACAUGAACGUAGUAAAAAUUAUGUAGCACGUAAACCCAAAAUGACUAACAUACUAUCGCAACAAAUGAAUACAACGAUGGGCGUUAAUGGACAAAUGUUAGUAAACGCUGGUGCUGGCGGUGGUUCAACAAAUGCUCACUCACCGCGCGGUAUGGAUUAUAAUGCUCAAAUGCAGUAUUCACAAGUACUGGGACCACCACCCGAACCCAUGUUUAUAACAGUUCCUCCAAGACCUCAACGUGUCUUACACUCCGAGGCCUAUAUCAAGUAUAUAACUUCGCUGCAAGGCACCACCCAUCAACAGCAUUCACAAAAUGCCAAGAACUGGAAGAAGGCUUUGUCUACCGUUACCCCUAUGGAUGUAACAAAACCCAAAAAUCUCUUACCCUCUCAAUGGUUGGGCAAAUAUGCUCCCACCAAUCAGGAUGACGUUGUAAAGGCUCUUUGCCAUUUACGUAAUUUCAUGAUGGAUGAUGUUUUACAAAUUCAACGUAGUUUUAAUACAUUUUAAACAGGCGCUGUAGGUUCCAAAAUUUGACCUAUAACUUUUAAUGUGUUUUAUAAAAGGACAUUUAGAUAUGUGUGUAUAAUUUAAGUGUUAAUUUUCUACUUACACAAAAAUACAUAUAAUUAACUUGAAUAAAUGAUAUUUAAUGAUUUAUUUGUAAUAAAUAUUAAAAAUAAAUAAAUGGUGUAAUUUUGAGUGUUU